GAAAAGCUGUCAAUAAACUAUGAUUAAUUGUUUUCUUCUUCUCCUUCUUCUUCCCUCUUCUUCCUCUGUGAGCUUAAAUAUCCAUUAUUAUACAAAGAGAAGAGAGGGAAGCUCUAUUUCUUCUUCUUCAGAAGCAGCAGCAAAAUCAUUGAUAAUGCUUCCCAGCCCUAAUAAUAUUAUUAUUACUAUUCUCUUGCUCUUCCUUUUUGCACUCCCUCCCACCAUCUCAUCCUCCUCCUUCAACCUUCUUCCCAAUCAGCACCACGACCCUCAAUCUGUAGUUGAAGAAUUUCAAAGGAGGCUCAAUGUCUCCACCACAACAAGGCGGCGAAUGCUCGAAACCUCCAAGGAUCAAGUGGCCUCCACCUGCUCGACAGGAAACCCAAUCGACGACUGCUGGAAAUGCGACCCAAAUUGGGCGCAAAAUCGCCAGCGUCUUGCCGACUGCGGAAUAGGGUUCGGCCACGCCACAACCGGAGGAAAAGGAGGACGGAUCUACACGGUAACAGACUCCUCCGACCACGACACAGUCAAUCCAACCCCAGGAACUCUCCGACACGCAGUUAUUCAAGAUGAACCACUCUGGAUCAUCUUCUCCGGUAACAUGUUAAUAAAACUCAAACACGAACUUAUUUUUAACAGUCAGAAAACAAUAGAUGGUAGAGGAGCUCAAGUCGUGAUUACCGGCGGCGGAUGCAUAACAAUCCAGUAUGUCAGCAACGUUAUUAUCCACGGAAUCCAGAUCCGCGACUGUUAUCCGACAGGAAACACAUUGAUAAGGUCUUCGCCGACACACAUCGGGUACAGAUCGAAGUCUGACGGCGACGGCGUGUCGAUAUUUUCGUCGAACAAUAUCUGGAUUGAUCACUGCACUCUUUCGCAUUGCACGGAUGGAUUAAUCGACGUGAUAAUGGGUUCGACGGCUAUAACGAUAUCGAACAAUUACUUCUCUCGUCACGAUGAGGUUAUGCUUUUAGGUCACGACGACAAUUACUUGCCGGAUUCAGGAAUGCAGGUGACGAUUGCGUUUAAUAGAUUCGGUGAGGGUUUAGUUCAGAGAAUGCCGCGAUGCCGGCGAGGAUAUAUCCAUGUUGUCAAUAAUGAUUUCACUGAAUGGAAAAUGUAUGCAAUCGGCGGCAGCGGAAAUCCGACCAUCAACAGUCAGGGCAAUAGGUAUACGGCGCCGUCUAAUGACGACGCUAAGGAGGUGACAAAACGCGUGGAAACGAGUGAUGGGGCAUGGGCAGAUUGGAAUUGGAGAUCUGAUGGGGAUAUAAUGGUAAAUGGUGCAUUCUUUGUUGAAUCUGGACAAGGUAUGGCCGCACAGUAUUCUAAGGCCUCAAGUAUCGACCCAAAGUCUGCUACUCUAAUAGAACACAUCACUAUCAAUGCCGGUUCUUUUGGUGGGCCAAGGGGAGAUACGAGUGGCGCUAGCCCAUUAUACUCUGGACACAACAAUGGUGGAAGCUCCACCGGGGGCAAUUCCAAUUCCGGUAACAAUCAAGAUGUGUUUGGACUUAUAAUUGAUGGUAUUAGCGGCAGUGGCGCGAGGAGGAGAAUGUUGUUGUCGCCUUCACCUUCUUCAACUACUGUUUUCUGUAUUAUCAUGGUUACUCUCAGUUUAACCAUUAUAACAUACUUUGAUGAUGCUGCCUCGCCAUUGUUACUAUUUUAACUUAUUAAUUCAUUCUAGCUGAGAAAAAAAUUAAGCUUUUUUGUGGACAAUUCAUGAGUUUAUAGCAAUUUAUUUUCCUCAAUCAGUCAUUGUAUAUAAAUUGAUGUCUGUUCAUGAUUUCUAAGGUGUUCAUGAUUU